CCCUCCCUUCCCUUCCCCUACCCCACUCCAUUCCACUCACAAAUAAGGGUUUAAACAUACUCAGGGGGAUUCAAAACUCUCCCUCUGUCUCAAUUCACCAACCUGAACUCAGUUUCAGGAUUCCAAGCAGGUCCCGAUGGAUCUCAAGGAUAGCACCAGUGAAGGCAGCCUGCAGCCGUCCAGCAUCCAGAUCUUUGCCAACACGUCCACCCUCCAUGGCAUCCGGCACAUCUUUGUGUAUGGGCCCCUGACCAUCCGCCGCGUGCUGUGGGCUUUGGCUUUCAUGGGCUCGCUGGGCCUGCUGCUGGUGGAAAGCUCGGAGCGCAUCUCCUUCUACUUAACCUACCAGCAUGUCACCAAGGUGGAUGAAGUAGUUGCCCACAGCCUGGCCUUCCCGGCUGUGACAUUCUGCAAUCUCAAUGGCUUCCGGUUCUCCCGCCUCACCACCAAUGACCUGUACCAUGCUGGAGAGCUUCUGGCCCUGCUCGACGUCAACAUGAAUAUCCCCAAUCCACACCUGGCUGACCCCACCGUACUGGAGGCCCUACGGGAGAAGGCCAAUUUCAAGCACUACAAACCCAAGGUCUUCAGCAUGAGAGAGUUCUUGGAGCGGGUUGGGCAUGACCUGAAGGAUAUGAUGCUCUACUGUAAGUUCAAAGGACAGGAGUGCGACCACCAGGACUUCACCACCGUGAGUAACUUGGUUUUCAGUUCUCUUUGGGCUUUCCAUUCUUGGCCAAGAAGGGCUCUUGGGGAGCUCUGAUGACUUGGUUUGGUUUUGAGGUCCGCCGAUACGCUAGAGCAGGGUGGUAGGCCAUGCCUAUGGUGAAAGCUGUGAGCAGGGCCAGGCCAGUUGGGCAGCCAGGUGAGUUUGGCAGAGUUUAGCUUGCCAUUUACCAGAUUUGUGGAAAGGAGAGCAGCCUGCGGAGUUCCAGCAUUCUGUCCAGAAUCUUGUAGUCUAUGAAGGGAGUCCAGAAGGGAGCUGGAGGUCAGAGGACCUCUGCCUUGGAGAGGAUCUCUGUGGCACUGCAUCCCCGGCAAUGUGGAAUUGCCCUUCUACCCCUCUGGUAGGGAAGAGUCCUGAACUAGCUCUCCAGAAGCCCCUCGGUGCCUGAGGAAUCUGACUGUAAUGCUUCAGUAGUGGGUGAUGUGGUAGCUCUCUCUCUCUUUCUGCUUGGAAGUGGAAGCAGUCAGGAGGCAGCAAUCAUAGGCAGAAUCGGCUGGAGCUUCUGGGCAUGGGGGCAGGGGGCACAGUAGGAGAACACACAAGGAGAGUGGCCUGGUGCUGAGGGGAUGGUUCAAGUGGCAUCUCUGCCUUGGCACCUAGAUGAUGCUGAGAUGUGGCAGAAUAUAAGG